UCUACUUUUAUUUCAGUGAAGCAUCUUUGUUUGAAAGCAAUAUUUGAAGAACAGUUGUACGUCGAGAUGAAUGAAAAAGACUUAAGCUAUCUAAGGGGAUUCUACUCAUAUGAACGUAGUUCAAAUUUGCGUGUACUUGCAGACGAUAAAGGUAUUAAAACAGCCUAUGAACAAGCAAGAAUUAGAGGAAGAAUUCCUUUUAACAGAUCAAAAAUCCUAAUUUUAGGAGAUCACGGUGUUGGAAAAACGUCGACAAGUAGACGCUUGCAAGGAAAGUAUUUUCGGCCUGACGAGCCCAGUACAAUAGGAAUCGAAACAAAUGUUGUCAAAGCAAAAGUUAGUGAUGUUAACAGUAAGUGGUGUGAAGUAUCAAAUACACCACUAGAAGACUUUGAAAGUUCGGCAGCAUGGUGGGCAGUAUCACAUGUGAGGAAACACGGUGUGAAUGAAACCACAAGGCCCGGUAGCAAUUCAGAAAUCAAUCGACAGAUCUGGCCAAAAAAUUUAAAGGAAGACGCAUUUUAUCAGAUAACACACACUAUUCCCAUGCUAAUCAUGUUUCUAAACGGUGGGUUUACGUUUGGAUUUGGACUAGUUGUAUGGAUAUAUAUUCUUUGCUUAAUGUACCGAAUCGAUGUUCACAAUGGGUACCGCUUCGGUUGUGGAUGCACUAUCCCAAUGAUACUCGCGGACAGCGCAUUUGAGUUGGGUCUAUGGAUCAACAUUUCCACUGUGAAAACAGCUUUUUAUGUAAUAGCUGGCUUAAUUACUGGCGUGCUUAUGGGAACAGGUUGUAGGACUGGAUUAUGCAUAGCAUUCUGUAUUAUGGUGCAUCCGAAACAGAAAACAUUUACUAUCGAUAAUGUUACAGAAAUGAUAUUAGUCAUCUACAGCAAAGCAUAUUAUAAUUUUAUAAUUUUCAUCAUUGCGGUUAUUUCUGUUCUCACAUUUAGGUAUGUUCCCGUUAAGAUAUUGUCGAUGAGUCGACGGAACUGCAUACCUGUAUUGAUAAGCAUUUUUGUUUGCUUCACAGCCGCGGGCCUUAUCGGAGGGCCAGCGUUUUUACGCCUACUGUUUGUAUGUACAUGUCUUUUUGUAAUUCCAGCUGGAGUCCUUGUAGGAAGAAAGUUAGUUGCUUAUGGGUAUAUUCCUCAAAUGUAUAUUAUCAAGAAAUCUAUUGGUUUUGUAGCUGGAAUAUUUAUAGCAUAUUUUUGUGGAUGGGAGCUGGUAGAUUUAAGAACUCUAAGUUUACGCGAUGACCAAUAUACCAUUCCACGAUAUUUGUUCAGCUUAAUGCUGUUUUUGUCACCGAUCAUUGCCUUUGUUGUCUACGAAUGGUUUUCAUAUUUGAAAGUGAAGAAUACAACAUCUAUACCAGUAAAGCAUAUCCAAAAAUCAAUGGAAGCAGUUAUUCGUAAUGAAUCCUAUUUGGAUACUAGACUUAGUCUAUGGGACUUUGCAGGUCAAAACAUAUACUAUAAUACCCACCAUCUCUUCAUGCCAAAGCAGGGUGUAUAUCUAAUAGUGUUCAACGCCGUUAAAGCGGUUAUGAAUCCUGGGAUACAAAUUAAACGGUUACAGUUUUGGUUGCAAUCGGUUGCUAUGCAUGGAGACAUUAAAAAUGUUGUAGUGUUUCUUGUAGGAACAAGACGAGAAAGUGUUAUUGACGUAAAUGCACUUUUGCAUUUUACUCAGCUUGCAAAAGCACAUCUCUACAAACCGUUUUCUAGGUUACUUGCGUUCCAUCCUUUAGGCAGCUUUUUCUUUUUUAUUGAAAAUUCGUUACAAGUAGAUCCAGAACGCAACGUGCUACGAACGGUUAUCUAUAAUGAGAUUAAAAAAUUGAAUUUUUUUCAGGAGAAUCAUUCAGUAAAAUACCUUUUAUUUCAUGAAAUUUUGAACAGGUUUCGCCUACAAAAAUACAUUAUCAUGAGUUUAGUACAGAUCUUAGAGGAAGUAAAAUCAACAUGUAAUAUCAUUUCUCAGAAUGAGUUGUGCCAAUUCUUGAACUUCUUUGACAGAUCCGGUGAUGUCAUAUACAAUGAACGUGAUGAGACACUGCGACAUUAUGUUAUCUGUGACCCUCAAAUGCUUAUAGACAUUCUGACAAUCUUAGUGAAUGUGCCUGAACCUCACCAAAGAAAUCGGAUAGUAGCUGAUUUAUGGCAGAGUUUGGAAGACACUGGCAUUGUUGACAGUAAAUUACUGGAACACAUUUGUAGAAAUAAAAACAUAUGGCGACAUUACCCUUACAUCAUUCGUUUCUUAGUGGGAACACAUUUACUUUUCCCGCUUAAUGUUAUUGAUCCAAUCGACCAAGUCGGGACUUUUUUUCUCUCGUGUCGACUGCCAAAGAUCAAUUUAAUGUCAACACAGAACAGCAAUGUUCACUCGCAAGACAUUUUCUAUUUCGACUUUGGUGAAAUUCUUCAAGAGUUUAUAUUUCUACGUCUCAUUACUAAAUGUUGUGAAGUGUUUAGUUGGGAUGAGAUCUAUUACAAUGCAGCAAGAUUUAGGACAGGUAAAUCAUGUCUUGUCUUCAUCAGUACAGAAGUAAUUUCUGGAAACAUUAAUUCAUACGACAGAAAUCUUAUCAAAGUUGAAGUUAUAAGCGAAGACAACACUCAAACUAUGUUCGUUCUACAGAAAAGUAUUAUUUUUAUUGAAGAAAUAAUCAAGCGGGAUUUCAACCUGGACUACUUUAGGAAAAAUUACAUCUGUGGACCUGUGUGUCAGAAGUGUAGUUCUUUAGAUGAAACAAUGUGUUUGGUGAACCUUAUUUCUCAUGGAAAUGAUAUAUCUACACUGGAUGGCUAUAAAUUAGACAUUUAUCAUAAGGUCACACUUGAGCUAAAGUUGAAUGUCACAUGCAGUCGAAUACUGUAAUAGGCAAUGGGAUAUGAGAAGCUGCCCAACUACACACCGACGACAACACAAUUGGUAACGCCCCACGAACUCUAAUAUGACCUCUAUUGACAGCAACUAAAACAAAGGUUAUACAUGGCCCGUAUUUUAUUUGAAUACGCAUGAAGACGUGAAUCUACGUACCUCCUUGUGUCUUCUGUAUUGUAUAUAUAAACAUUGAUAUUUAUGAGAGACGAUGACAAAAACGAUAUCAUCAUGACUUCGACGAAAACGCCUGGAUA